AGGGGGAUAAAGGCUGCUUUGCGUUGCAUAGCUACUGCACUUAUUCCCAAUUAUUAAUAACAGUCGCUUCAAGCGCAUAGAGUAACUUUUUAAUAAGGUUGCUUUGUUCUUGCGCUUUUAUUUUUAUUUUUUUGCCAAACGGCACGUGACGCGCAGGGCACGCGCGAGCAGCAACCUGACAACUACAAUCAGAUUUUCGGGAGGUAGUAACAGUAGUAGGCUAUCUCCGCAGCAGCCAAGUUGCGUUCCUAGCUACCGUUUUUAGCCGAAGCUCGGACUACUGCUCUCCCCGGGGAGUCUCUUCGCUUUGAAGAACAGCGAUGAAAAGGUGAAGCUGUGCAAGUGCCGCGGGUCUGCUGUGAUGACUGCCAGCCUCCCCUGAUAUUUGUAUGGGUCUUUCUCCUGAGCCAAAGCAGGGCUCCAACACAGUCCCUCUGAUGCUAGCAGCGGUGCAGGGAGCAAGGCACUGAGCCCCAGAGGGGAGCAGAGGGAGUGCAGGCUCCAGCCCCGUUGCCAGCGACCAAGCAAGUAGGGCCGCGACCAGCUCUUCAGUGGCACAUGACUGUGCAUUUACAUAAGCCAAAUCUCCCCUGGUGGACUGAACAAACCGGUUGACUCUAACGGAGCUACGCCCGUCCUCAGUCUACUUGUGGUCUGACUCGCCAACAUCAAAGCUCUCCCUUCUCCUCGCUGUCUCACCCCUCUGCUUCCGUUAGAGUGGGGGAUGUCUGCUUUCUAACACCUCUCAGCCUCGUUAUCUGCUAGAUUUGACAACUGCCACUCGCACGGGACAUGGAGGACUAUGACGUUCGCUCGGCCGCCAGCAUCCUGGCUUCGGUGAAGGAGCAGGAGGCGCGUUUUGAGCAGCUCACCCGAGCCCUAGAGGAGGAGCGUCGCAACGUCACCCUGCAGUUAGAGCGCGCCAACCUGCCUCCUGCCGCUGCCGCCAGCCAGCCGCUGCCGUGGCAACAGGUGGUGAUACAGGAGCAGAGCCCCAGUAACGCCACUUCCCUGGCCAUGAUGCAGGAGCCCCAGGAGGUGGUGGAGGAGACGGUCACCAUAGAGGAGGACCCCGGCACCCCCACCUCCCACGUCUCUGUGGUCACCUCCGAUGACGGCACCACGCGGCGCACAGAAACCAAGGACAUGUCAACUAACGUGAAGGUGACUAAGAUGGUGAAGACCGUCACCACGCGGACCGUGCGCCAGGUGCCGCUCGGCCCCGACGGGCUGCCUCUGACCGAGGGCUCGUCGCCGCUGGGCAGCUACACCGACUCCAUCGACCGGCGCUUCAUGAAGAACGGAGGCGACCGGUUCAUCACCCCUCAAGCCACCUCCACCCUCACGCGCUCCUACAACAACUCCUACAACGACUCGUACGGCGAGACGCCCGAGAGCCAGUACAUUCGCCACUACGGCCUGCACGACGGCUACGUGGAUCUGACGGACAACUACGGCAGCCUGUCCCGCGGCGUCAACUUCCGGCCGCCCCGCUACCCCUACAUGCCCAACAGCUACCGGCCAGAGAACAGCUACACACUGCCCAUCCGCAAGGACGACUACGGCCACGUGGCCCAGCCCCAGGUGCCCAUGGGCAGCAGCACCGUGGACCUGAACCGCUCGCAGCCGGAGCGCUUCCAGCCCGAGCCGUACGGCCUGGAGGACGACCGCCGCAGCCUGGGCCCCGAGGAGGAGGAGCCCUACGAGCUGGAGCCCGACUACUCCACCGCCAACCGGCGCACCCUGCAGGGGGCCAACCGGGGCCGCACCCACCGGGAGCCCCUCCGCGACGGGCCCAGGGUCAGAGGGUAUCCAGAGGACCCAGUUGAGGCAGAGCUGAUCGAUGAGCGUCAUCCGUAUAUCCACGGCAUGUAUUCAGCGCCGCUGGCCCAGCCUGAGCGGGGGAGCAUGGCCAGCCUGGACCGCAUGGGCGGCCGGCGCUCGCCAUCCAUCGACAGCAUCCGCAAGGACCCGCGCUGGCGUGACCCGGACCUCCCUGAGGUCAUCGCCAUGCUGGGCCACCCCAUCGACCCCGUCAAGUCCAACGCCGCCGCCUACCUGCAGCACCUGUGCUACGAAAACGACAAAAUCAAGAAGGACGUGCGGCAGCUGAAGGGGAUCCCUGUUCUGGUGGGGCUGCUGGACCACCCCAAGUCGGAGGUCCACCGCAAGGCUUGUGGUGCCCUGCGCAACAUCUCCUACGGCAAGGACAACGACAAUAAGGUGGCCAUCAAGAACUGCGACGGCAUCCCGGCGCUCAUCCGUCUGCUGAGGAAGACCAACGACAUGGAGGUCCGAGAGCUCAUCACCGGAACACUGUGGAACCUUUCAUCCUAUGAGCCCCUGAAGAUGGUGAUCAUCAACCACGGCCUGCAGACCAUGACCAAUGAGGUCGUUAUCCCCCACUCAGGGUGGGAGCACGAGCCCAAUGAGGAUUCCAAGCCCCGUGACGCUGAGUGGACCACCGUCUUCAAGAACACCUCUGGCUGCCUCAGAAACGUGAGCUCAGACGGGGCAGAGGCCCGCCGCAGGCUGAGGGAAUGUGAGGGACUAGUGGACGCCCUGCUGCACGCUCUUCAGUCAGCUGUCGGAAAGAAGGACAUGGACAAUAAGUCUGUGGAGAACUGCGUUUGUAUCAUGAGGAACCUGUCCUACCACGUCCACAAAGAGGUGCCGGGGGCUGAGAAGUUCCAGGACCCGUCAGCGCUACAGGCCCCUGGCUCAUCUGGACCACAGAGGAAGAAGAAGGAUGAUGCUGGCUGCUUUGGAGGCAAAAAGGCCAAAGAGGAAUGGUUUAAUCAAGGCAGGAAAAACGGUGAGAACGACAAAAAUUAUGACACACUGGAUCUGCCCAAGCGCACAGAGCCCUCCAAAGGCUUUGAGCUUCUGUAUCAGCCGGAGGUGGUGAGGCUCUACCUGUCUCUGCUGACAGAGAGCCAGAACUACAACACCCUGGAGGCCGCUGCUGGGGCUCUGCAGAACCUCAGCGCUGGACAGUGGACCUGGUCCAACUAUAUCCGAGCCACCGUGCGUAAGGAGAAAGGCCUCCCCAUCCUGGUGGAGCUGCUGCGCUCCGACUCCGACAAGGUGGUGCGAGCCGUGGCCAUCGCCCUGCGCAACCUGUCCAUCGACCGCCGCAACAAGGACUUGAUCGGAAGUUACGCCAUGCGGGACCUGGUGAGCAACCUGCCGAGUGGUCAGCAGCGGCCGGCCAAAAACCUGGAGGAGGACACGGUGGUCGCCAUCCUCAACACCAUCCACGAGAUCGUCACCGACAGCUCGGAAAACGCCCGCUCACUCGUCCAGGCCCAGGCCAUCGAGAAGCUGGUCGCCAUCAACAGGACCAGCCAAUCAGCCCGCGAAACAAAGGCGGCGUCCCACGUGCUGCAGACGGUGUGGAGUUAUAAAGAGCUGAGGAACGCUUUGACCAAGGACGGCUGGAACAAGAGCCACUUCCAGCCCACGGUGACAGCCACUCCCAAAGCGACCAAGAACGGCAAGCCCGGUUACGACGACACCACUCUGCCCCUGAUGGAGAAGAACCAAGGCACCGGGAAAUGUGGCAGUGGUGAUAUGAUACCUAUGGAUGAGCUGGGUCCAGAUGGUUAUUCCACCAUUGACCAGAGGGACAAGGACUGCAAAUACAAGACAGGCGACGGCUCGGUGGACCUGACGGAGCGGGAGCCAUUAAAGAAUGACACGAAUAGGAAACACUAUAUCAGGAGUAACAGGCCAGCGGUCAGUCUGGUGGACGCUUGUGAUGUUAAGCCCCAGCCUGUUGACUCCUGGGUCUAAAUGCAUGCAUGGCUUAAAAUGACGACCGUAUGCCGCACCAGCUAGAAGAGGAUGUCUCAUAUUACCACUGCCAUUUCUCAUGUUUGGAGUUAAACUUUGUACAGAAAAGCGGAAUAAAAAAAAAACGACCACAGCAGCGACUAAAGCAGCCAGCAUUCUCAUGCUUUUCAGAAAAAAAAGAAAGAUUAAAAGUGACUACUCCUAAUAGUUUCUCAUAUUUACAUUCCCACUGGACAUCAUGUGAAUUUUACAGUGUUGACUGUUGUUGAGCUCUAUGGAUGACAAGAAAACAGACAGAGGCUCAGUGCUGGCAGACGAUGGGACGGGUAGACAAGCAAAGGGAAGUGAAAAGGCAAAGGAACGUGUGUUGGAAGGAAACCUGCAUCACAAGAAAUUCAAACAGGACAUUUUUAAUAUAAGCAACACUUGGAAGAAAUCUGAUCUUGGUGGGGUUUGGAUAAUUGACAUUUAUUGCCUCUGGUGUUUUGACGUGAACAGGUUUAGACGGGAGCUUUUCAAGGUGACUGAAGGUACGUUUUUGGUUCGACCGGAUGGACAAGUGAGGAAAGAUAACAGGAGAAACGCUGUAGCAUAGGGUGUAAAUGGAGCCUGCUCUCACAGACUUACAAUCCAUUUGAUUCACUGUGUUUUAUUAAUAACAACAAUAAAAAAAUAAAUAAAUAAACUGGGAUGCUAUGAGAUGCUAUAAAAUCAAAAGUUGCUAACGGGCGGUGAUGUUGAGUCUGCAAGUUGUCGUCUGGAGAAGGGAAAGUGACGCUGUGUGUACGUUUGAUGAAGAUCACACUGAAUUGCUGAAACGGAAAUGGACACAAGCAUCUUGGUCGACGUGAAUGAGCCGAGUGGCAGCUGUGGUUACACCUGUAACCUCUCAGUCUGUGUAGCCUUGCAGUUCCCUGCGUUUGGUUGCUCUUUGUCAAGGAUGUUUAUUAGAGAGGAUAUAAGGCAUUUCAUUUAUAAAAGAUCUGUGUUUUUGAAAGAGGCAAAAGGUUGUUCCUCUGUUAAAAGGAUAGAUUUUGAAAUCAUUUUUAUUUUUGUUGGGUUUUAUAUAAAUGUAUAUUGGGGUCAAAAGGUAAAAAGAUGGUAUUAAAAAAGGAGGGAAAAACAAACAAACAGUGACUUUUUAGUUGUAUAUUAAUAUCACAUUGUUUGGAAAGCACAUCUCAUUUGAUAAAGGCUCACCAUAUUUUUAAGCAAGAGAUAACCACUUAAGUUAAAUGUGUGUCAAUAGUGUCAAGUCACGCUGAUGAUCACGUAUUUAUAUUUUGUAUUUGUCGAGUAAAAAAAAAAACACAAAAAAGACACAACAAUUUAUCUGCUGUGUUUUUUUGAAACGGUGAUAAACACAUUGUCUGGCGGCCCCUGCAUCUCCCCGUACGUUGAGGGUUCAACCAUGACCCCAGAGAGACCUACCCAGUCGUUCAGCAUGACAUGAAAGAAAACCUGUACAGAUGUUUAUAUUCUAUUCUUUUAAAUUGUCUUUUUUUCCCCUUUUUUUUGUGUGGCGGCAUUUGGAUAUCGACUAAUUCAUUCAUGUGCAGAAAGAGGUGUACAGUACAGGACAACAGUGGAUGUGGAUGUUGAACAAACGUGAAAUAAUUUCAUCAUUCUAUACAUGGUGAUAAUGUUUGGUCAUAUAGUAUAUAUUUUUACAACGGUUAUAGGGUGGGCGGUAAAAGCGGCGAGCUACAGUGUCAUGUUGCCAAGUUUCUCUUUCUUUGGUGAGACUACAUUUAACCCCAGUGGUACUGUGUAAAGUCUCCUUCUCGGCCUCCUGAUUCACCUGAAACAGGAGACAAAGACAUGUUGGUCUCAUCCACGCGUCAUCACGACGAACGGCAUGUGCCUGCAUUGAAGUCUGAUUUUUCUAUGUGACGUAUGUGACUUUAUAAAGCUUGCGUAUUUUACACAUUGUUUUCGAAGAUGUAAGUUGUGGUAAAAAUCAAUAAACUACAAAAAAUCUUACUGUAUACAUUUUAAUUUCAGAGGUUAAAAGACGUAUAAUGCUACACACCGUCCCUUUUGUGUGUCCUCAAACAUAUGUGCGUUCACUGGACACUGUUGAACCCGUGCAACAAAGACCCGUACGACUGUCUAUUGCUUACUGCGCCGUGCAGUACCACGACCAAAGGAUCUGAAGGUGUAUUUACAUGCAUUCGUUGAGGGGGAUUUUGUUGAUGUGGAUGUGCAACAAAAUGUACAUUUGCAGAGUUAAAGAGCCUGUGUAAAAUAAAUGUAGAACAGAGACAUGCGUCAAAUCAAACAAACCUACCUGUGUAGAUAAAACUUAUCAAGACCGUCAAAAUAAAGUAACUGUACUACUCAGUAGCAGAUGUGUUUGUACCUAUCACGUGCCUUAACCUUUUUCCAUGAUAGACAAAGUGUGUUUUAUAUGACUUUAUUCCUCCCUUCCAGCCAACAUCCAUCCAUCCUAUCUGUUCACCUCUCUCCCUCCCCCUCCCUAUAUUUUGCUUCCACUCAACUGACUCAUCCAUUCACUCUGCUCCCCCUCCUCUUCCAAAUUAAAGUAGUUUAGACUGUUGGUGGGUUUCUGCCUUGUAUUACAUUGUAUGAUAAACUUUGAAGAUUUAGACUCAUUUGAAAAAUGGUUUUAAUUUCCUAGAGGAGUAAAGUUAUUGAUGCUUUGGUAGUGAACAGGAGCAAUGCCAUAGUGACAGAAUGUAUUAUGUUAAUUUUACUAAUACCCAGAGGCGAAUAUUAACGCUUGUUAACCAUAACGAAAAAAUACUGGUUUGUAGAGUAUACAUUUGGUGUGUUUUCAAUAAAUCAUGCCUGGAAAGAAA